UAUGAUAAGUCAUUAUUCAAUCUUUCAAACAGAAAAUGUAAAUUUUAUAAUAUGAACAAAAUUAUCGUAUCAAAAAUACAUCCCCAUCUUCAUGUUCACUUAGUCAUCAAGAAUAAUGGCUGUAUUAGAGAAACAUGGUUGAAGAGGUAAUUGAAAUCAUUUCCUCAGACACUAGUAUACAUUUGUCUCCAAAACCAGCAAGAGCAAACAUAAGAGAAGAAAGUAUGGAAGUCACCAAUAAUGAUCACCCUCAUUGUGGAGAGGGAAGGUUAAACGAAGUUACCCUUGAGGUAAGUGCCAUACCAACCGCAACCGCAACCACUAGCAAAACCCCAACAGCACCAACAUGCAUAGAUGUCAUUGUUCUAUACAGAAAUGAUCUAUACUGCUCAUCUGCGACCAGCUGCGAACAAGAAUUACUUGAUACUGAAUAUUGUGCAUUAUCAGUAGAAAAUGUGGCUAACGAUGAAGAAACGUCAGAAUAUUUUGCGAGGCACCAUGAAAAUAUGACAGCAAGUCCGAUUUCUAAAGCAUGGAUCUGGAUAAAGCAACACUUGUGCUUUGGUGGUGUGGAAUUAGAUGAUGACUGAGCAAAGUACUUCACUUAUAUUAUAACAUUCAUUAAAAGAUUUAUCAAAUGUUUUAAA